AUGAAGGACGAGUCCGAUGAAAAAUCAACGAAGAAUGAAGGACUCCGAGAAUCAUUUGAAGAAGAUUACGGUUACCCACUUUACCCAGAGCGAAAAAAUCCACAACUCUAUAAAGAAUAUUCCACACUUAACAGAAGAUCCGUUACUGUUAUAGAAAAGAAGAUAGUUAAAUGUUUUACACAUUGCCCAGAAUUACGAAUAUUAAGGGAAGCUCUGAAGGAUCAUGGAUGUGAUUUUAGCUUGAGAAGAAAUAUUUCAGUGGAGAAAUGUGAGAAAAAAGUCAGUGGAGGAUAUGACCCAAACACAAACCAAAUUGUACUUUGUCACACUAACAUUCCUCCCUCGGCCACAUGUAAACUAUUGUUCCAUGAAAUGACACAUGCCUUUGAUGAUUGUCGAGCUAAAGUUGACUUUACCAAUAUUGAACACUUAGCCUGUACAGAGAUUCGUGCUGCAGCUUUUGCCGAUUGUGGAAUCAUAAGCAGCCUUCUGAACAAUACGGGUUUUGACAUCAGAAACAAACACAAGGAUUGUGUGAGGAAGCAUGCAUUAAGAUCUAUCCUGACAACACGGAAUAUUACAGAAGAGAAGGGGAGACAAGUUAUAGACGGUGUGUUUGACAAAUGUUAUAGUGAUGUCACACCAUUUGAUUCUCAUAAACUCUCAGAUGGAGGCUACUAUGAUGAAUACCUCAGGAUGAAAAACCAGGAAGAAAGCAGAAUUCCUAAAUUUAGAUUCUUCUAAUAAAGUCAUUAAAAUGGUCAAUUGUGUCCCUUUUA